AAUAUUACAAAAUAGUAUGUUUUUUCCUUUUAAAUUGCGGAGGGCUCAUCCUCGUCAUUUUCUUAUUGGUUUUGGUUUUCUCUUUUCACGACGAACACGCAACUGUAGGUGUUCGUUUCAACAGGCAACCAAGACCGCACAUCGAAAUAACUAUAAGGAUGAUGAGAGCGCGAGAAAACCAAUUCGUGGGGCAUACAGUGCGAUCGCAUGGAGCAACGCUGGCAAGGCUGCAUAUGCAGGAUUGGCUAAUUCUGCUGGUUCUGGCGGCCAUGGACGCGGGCCUCAACCUCAUCGAGCCCUUCCAUCGCUACAUCAGCUCCGACUUGAUGACUGACCUCAAAUACCCUCUCAUAAUACCAGACACUGUGCCUAUGUGGGCUGUCCCUGUGUACGCUGUGAUGUUGCCAUGCUUGGUAUUUGUGAUAUAUUACCACCGCAGGAAGGAUGUUUAUGAUCUGCACCAUGCUGUUCUUGGGCUUGCUUAUUCUGUUCUGGUCACAGCAGUCAUAACUGAUUCCAUAAAAGAUGCUGUUGGACGACCUCGCCCAAACUUCUACUUCCGCUGCUUCCCCGAUGGCCUCGCGGUAUUUAAUCCUGACAACGGAGACGUAAUGUGUACCGGAGAUCGAAAGCUUAUAAAAGAGGGAUACAAAAGCUUUCCGAGUGGCCACUCUUCAUGGUCAUUCGCAGGGUUGGGUUUUCUGGCAUGGUAUCUAUCUGGGAAGAUUAAAGUAUUUGAUAAAAGAGGGCAUGCGGCCAAGAUUUGUAUAGUGCUCAUACCCUAUCUAUUUGCUGCGCUUGUUGCCAUUUCUCGUGUCGACGACUAUUGGCAUCAUUGGACCGAUGUUUUCACUGGCUCCAUCUUAGGGUGCGUUGUUUCUUCAAUUUGUUACCUCCAAUUUUUCCCAUUCCCCAAUUGCAGUAAUGGUUGGGCAACACAUGCAUUUAUCAGAAUGAUGGAAGAAAGUGCAGUGCUCCAGUGCGAUCUUGAAGAAAUAGAGACGACUGAGUUUGGGCAUGAGGAUCGCAGAGAUAUGACGGUGCCCGAUGAUAAGAAUGCCAGAGAUGUUCAUAAUCCCAGAUUUUAAUUCAUGCCCAACUACCUUACCUCUCUUUCUAUGUAUAUAUAUCUACCUAUAUAUGUGUGUAGAAGCUGGAUUAAUUUCUCAGCCCAGCCUUGCUCCACUUAUUCUGAUUUAACUAGCUUUCAGCUCCCUUUAUUUAUUUUCUGAUUCUUUUAUAUUAAUAGAUUUCCUUCAUUAUUCCUUA